AUGAGUGACGAGCGCCUCCACUCCGCGUGGGAUUAUUGCACCCAUCCAGUCUUCUGGUAUCAGGGGUAUUGGUGCUGUCUGGAUGAACAGUGCGAAUAUCGAUACGUGCCGGUGCCCACAGACCCCUCUUGGACGUAUGAUCCCACAGGCCACGACGGGGAUGGCUUGGCCGCGGAGCCUGGUGCUGAUGGAGAGAGCAGUUUGGGUGACGGGACCUCCGGGUAUGGAGGAGCCACUGCCUAUGAUGAAUGGCGAGACGAUCAUCAAGCUAGCAGCCAGCAAGACCAAGAUGCGUACCAGUGUUAUGUCCAACAGUACGACGGCUACCAGCAGGAUGGUUACCAGCAUGGUGGCUACCAGUAUGGCGGCUACCAACAUGGCGGCUACCAGAAUGGUGGCUACCAGAAUGGCGACUACCAGCAGGACCAGCAGGACGAUUACCGGUAUAACAACCAGGACGGCGGCCAGCACAGCGGCUACCAGGAAGGCGUUGGUCAGGACGACUAUGGCUACCCGCCGAACGCCGAGCAACCAGUUCCUCCGUCAGAUGUGGCUACCAUGGGGAGUGGAUCGAGUGCUGCCCAGACAGACUCGCCUAGUUCGACGGAAACCCCAGACAACGAAGACGCUAGUAUGGUCGGGAAUGCCGACGAAGAUACCGAAGACAGGACCUGGCCGUAUGUCCAGGAAGACAACAGGGACGGUCAAGAUGUCGACGAGGCCAUGAACGUGUUUCCCGAUUGUCCUGUUGUCGACACUCGCUACCCACGCAAGUUGUCGUUCGGGACCGAGUCCGAGUCCGGUGUCGAUCAAUCCAACAUCGAGGAAAGGCCAGACCUAGGACCUCGAUAA